AUGAAGAGGUUAUCACUUCUUACAGCAGUCUGUGUGGUAAUGCUGGUGAUGCUAGUGAAAGAAGCGCCUAUUGUAACAGGGGCAGUAGAUUGUAACCCUUUUGUGUUAAUCCCAUGCGCACCGGUCCUCUUGGGUCAACCACCAAACACCGAGUGUUGCAAUGCACUGAAGACGCUGAACAGUUGUCUGUGUGUCUUCUUAACUGAUCCACAGCUUGCACAGUAUCUUCCUCUUGCAGAAAAAGAAAAGCUCAAGGAAUUUAUAAACUUUACGCUUCAUUAUAUUGCUGACUUGGAUAUCCCAAUAAAAAGGGGAACAUUUAUAGAAUUCCGAAGUGGGAUGAUCAAUGUCUCACCAAUUGGGAGGAACUGCAGCCAAGAAGAAAGGGAUGAAUUUGAAAAGUACGACAAGGUUCACAACGUACGCCCAAAAAUGGUGGCUGUGCUCCGGGAGAAGUUUGCCCACCUUAACCUGACAUUUUCAAUUGGAGGACAAAUAAGCUUUGAUGUUUUCCCACAAGGUUGGGACAAGACAUACUGCUUGAGAUACCUUGAUGAUUUUUCUGAAAUCCACUUUUUUGGUGACAAAACUUACAAGGGAGGGAAUGAUCAUGAAAUUUACGAAUCAGAAAGAACUGUAGGCCACACAGUUACGAGUCCUGAAGAUACAAUGCAGCAGUGCAAAGCUCUGUUCUUGGCAAACCCAUGAGAUGUCUUGAACACUUUUGCUGUGAAUUAUUAUAUUAUUCAUUGGAGAUACAUUUUUCAAGUACCUGAAAGUGAAUGUGUAGAACAGGAAUUCCUACUCAAGGAUGUAUUUGCAGAUACGCAAAAUUAUUGAACAAACUUUUUGUCUAUGUUUGAAAUAAUACAGUUGUACCACAUCCAAUUAGACUAAAAUCGAGUUUUCUUUGUUCCGACA